AUUUUCAACACAUCAUUAUUUGAACCACCUUCUCCAGGAUAUGAAAAUGUCUCAGAUAUUGUGCCACCUUUCAGUGCUUUCUCUCCACAAGGAUUGCCAGAGGGUGACCUAGUGUAUAACUAUGCACGAACUGAAGACUUUUUAAAAAUGGAGCGGGAAAUGAAAAUCAAUUGCUCUGGGAAGAUUGUGAUUGCCAGAUAUGGAAAAAUUUUCAGAGGAAAUAAGGUUAAAAAUGCUCAGUUGGCAGGGGCCACAGGAAUCAUUCUUUAUUCAGACCCUGCUGACUACUUUGCUCCUGGGGUGGAGCCCUAUCCAGAUGGCUGGAAUCUUCCUGGAGGUGGAGUCCAGCGUGGAAAUAUCCUAAAUCUUAAUGGUGCAGGGGACCCUCUCACACCAGGUUAUCCAGCAAAUG